AUGUUUUUUGACAUCACUAACUUACUGUAUUUUUUGUGUUUUUACAAAUUCUAAUUAAAACUUUCAAUACUUCAGCGAACUCCUUUUUACCAAAUCCGUCCAAACAAGACAGAAUCUCGGCUUAAUUUGUAAACAAAUCCACAAACGCUUCACAGAACAAUUUUAAAUAACCAAUAUAUUUACAUAUAUAUAUGCAUACAUAUGCAUAUUGUUUGCACAAAAACUGGUGCACAUAUAACAUUGCCUUUAACAAUAAUAUAAAGGCCCCACGACGAAGAGGUCGCAGCAUUUACAAGGGAAUUUAGGUGAAGGAUAACGUAACGUAAUACGGUUCUAAUCUGGGAUAAAACCCGCAAAUUCUGGUAUUAAGUAAUUUAUGCACAUAAAGCACAUUCAAGCUAUCGUAUUUGUCAAUAACUAAACGUCAACAGUGGCAGAUAUCGUAUCACGCACAUGCAUGUAUGUAUGUGUGUGCUUGCACCAACAAUAUCAACAAUUGCAAAAAUAGAGAGUUGUAAUCACAUUACAAAAGCUAAGUGGGAACUGUAUCGUACAAAAAUAUCUAAUUGCUUGGAUCGUCGGCUUUCAAGUUGCCAAAGGAGCAAGGAGCACGGGCCUAAUUUGAAUGUACACGCGUGCAUGUGAAUAUUCAUUUGUCUGUGUGCUGUUUCUAUGUGUGUAAUGUUUGAAACGGGGCGUUGAUUUUCAGAUGGCUUCCAAUUCAUCUAAGAAAAACAAAACGUCUGGUUUGCGCAUAUUGUGGAUACCAGGACGAAAAAGCCAUCCGAAAGGUCGAUUGAGUUCUACAAACAAACACAUCUCGUAUUCGCCCACCCAAAAGAAAAGCGAGGUGUGGAGCUUGGGCGGCAGCAGGGCCCAAAGUGAACUAAUUGACUUGCCCUCACCGGAAAUCAACGGUGCUUCGACAUCAUCAUUGGCUCUAUUGGGCGCCAUGUCCUCAACGCUUGUGAAGAGUGUAAAAGGCGAUUCCCUGAAUCGUAAUAACAUAACACCAGAUGAUGCUACGGCUGUCUCAGAAUGCGCCACACUGCCAACAACUCCAGUUGCCGCAAUAUCUCCAAAUUUAAAUAGUCCACUCUCGGAGCUGGCUCCGUCGACACCCUCAACAACAGCAAUGGCAUCCCCAAUUGUUGUGACAACAGUUGAAAUUCUUGAUUUACACAAUAUUUUAAACCCUGAUGAUUUGCCGAAGGUGCCAUCAAUCGGCGAAACAGAUUUGUCCACAUCGGCUGUCGUAUUAAAUAGCUCAGCAGGAACAACAGCUUCGAUAACCACUAACUCAUCUCCAUUAGCAAACCGCAAAGCCCACAACCAGGCAGCGGCCAACAACAGUUCGCCACAUAAGAGCAGAUACAGGAACCACAACAACAAUCAGGAUGACAUAAACUCCAUCGAAAGUAUUUCCAGUUUCAAUAGAAACCAGGUAAACACAAAUUUCGAAUGGAUAGAUGAAAUGGUGCAGCAGCGCAACUGUAGUGAACUGAUGCACAAAAACAAACGUAAAAAAUCAAAAAAAAUGAUAGAUGCCAAGGAAUCGGAUCAAUUGGAUGGCCGCAAAAUCAAGGAAAAGCAAGGAAUGGCACCUUACGAGGACAAUGACGAAAAGGUGGUUAAAUGUCUCUAUUAUUCUCUCAUGUGCUGCGACUGUACAAUAUCAUAGAUAUAGAUAUAGUAAUAAAGAUUAAAACAAAAAGCGCAUAUGCACGUACAUAUGCCAGUGUAUGUAGCUUAUAAA